AUGAAGUUCGCCGCUUGCGUCCUCGUCACUCUGGUGGUGAUCCGAUCGAGCGCAGCGCAGUCAGUUUGUCCCGGCACGGAGAACAAGCUCAGCACUCUGUCUGACCUGGACCAGCAGUACCGCACCCUGAAGAAGCUCUACGAGAACUGCGAAGUUGUCAUGGGCAAUUUGGAGAUUACCAGCAUCGACCGAAACCGCAACCUCUCCUUCCUCAAGUCAAUCAGAGAAGUGACCGGCUACGUGUUGGUGGCUCUCAACCAGUUCGACUACCUGCCGCUGGAGAACCUCCGGAUCAUCCGAGGCACCAAGCUGUACGAGGGUCGCUACUCUCUGGCCAUCUUCCUCAACUACAGACGGGACGGGUACUACGGCCUGAGGCAGCUGGGCCUGCGCAACCUCACAGAGAUACUGAACGGGGGCGUUUACGUUGACCAGAACAAGUUCCUGUGCCAUGCGGACACCAUCCAUUGGCGUGACAUUAUCAAGAACCAUCAGGCUGAGCUGCUGGUGGUACCUUCCAACAACAGCAACCUCGGAUGCAGGCGCUGUCAUCGCUCUUGCAACGGACGCUGCUGGGGCCAUCAGGAAGAUCAGUGUCAAACCUUGACAAAGACGGUGUGUGCAGAGCAGUGUGACGGUCGAUGCUUCGGGCCUUACGUCAGCGACUGCUGCCAUCGCGAGUGUGCCGGCGGCUGCUCGGGCCCCAAGGACACGGACUGCUUCGCUUGCACCAAUUUCAACGACAGCGGAGCGUGUGUGACCCAGUGCCCUCAGCCGUUCGUGUACAACCCCACCUCUUUUCAGUUGGAGCACAACCCCAGAGCCAAGUACACCUAUGGAGCCUUCUGUGUGAAGAAAUGUCCACAUAAUUUCGUGGUGGACCACAGCUCUUGUGUGAGGGCGUGUCCCAGCAACAAGAUGGAAGUGGAGGAGAACCGCAUCAAAAUGUGCAUCCCCUGCACCGACAUCUGUCCUAAAGUGUGUGACGGCAUAGGGACGGGCAGCCUGCAGACAGCUCAAACAGUGGAUGCCAGCAACAUUGAUAAAUUUGUCAACUGCACCAAAAUCAACGGCAACCUCAUCUUCCUCAUUACUGGCAUUAAAGGGGACAUGUACCAUGGCAUUGGACCUUUGGACCCGGAGCGCCUUAAUGUGUUUCGCACCGUGAAAGAGAUCACAGGUUACCUCAACAUCCAGUCGUGGCCUCAGAACAUGACAGACCUGAGUGUUUUUUCCAACCUGGCAACUAUUGGAGGGAGAUCUCUUUACAGUGGAAGCGGCAUUUCGCUGUUGAUCUUGAAGCAGCGCUGGAUCUCCUCGCUUCAGUUCCAGUCGCUUGACGAGAUCAGCGCCGGGAACGUCUACAUCUUCAACAACAGCGGCCUGUGCUUCUACAACACCGUCAACUGGACGUCGCUCUUCAGGACCCCAAGCCAGAAAGUCCUGAUCCGCAACAACCGAGAUCCGAAGGAAUGCACUCAGCAGCGAAUGGUGUGCGAUCGAAUGUGUUCGGACGACGGCUGCUGGGGCCCGGGGCCCGACCACUGUCUCUCCUGUCGAUAUUUCAGACGGGGCCGCACCUGUGUUGAGUCCUGCAACCUCUUUGAUGGGGAAGUGCGGGAAUUUGCCAACGGAUCCGUGUGCCUGGAGUGUGAUAGCCAGUGUGACAAGAUGGAUGGGAACGCCAUGACAUGUCUUGGCCAGGGCCCGGACCAAUGUGUGAAAUGCCUCCACUUCAAAGAUGGACCCAACUGCGUGGAGAAGUGCCCUGACGGGUUACAGGGGGCCAACAGUUUCAUCUUCAAGUACGCCAAGGCCAACAACGAGUGUCAUCCCUGCCACACCAACUGCACCCAGGGGUGCGUCGGGCCAAGACUCCAAGAUUGUGUUGGGAUGAUGGACAGGACACCGCUAAUAGCAGCUGGCAUUAUCGGCGGCCUAUUCAUCAUCGUCAUCCUGGCGCUCAGCGUGGCCGUUUAUGUUCGACGCAAGAGUAUCAAGAAGAAGAGGGCCUUGCGGCGCUUCUUGGAAACGGAGCUGGUGGAGCCCCUGACCCCCAGUGGAACGGCCCCUAACCAGGCUCAGCUGCGGAUCCUGAAAGAGACGGAGCUGAAGAGGGUCAAGAUUCUGGGUUCAGGCGCUUUUGGAACAGUAUACAAGGGCAUCUGGGUCCCUGAAGGUGAGACAGUGAAGAUCCCUGUGGCUAUUAAAAUCCUCAACGAGACCACCGGCCCUAAAGCCAACGUGGAGUUCAUGGACGAGGCCCUGAUCAUGGCCAGCAUGGAGCACCCCCACCUGGUGCGCCUGCUGGGCGUCUGCCUGAGUCCCACCAUCCAGCUGGUCACCCAGCUCAUGCCCCACGGCUGCCUCCUCGACUACGUGCACGAGCACAAGGACAACAUCGGAUCUCAGCUGCUGCUCAACUGGUGUGUUCAAAUCGCCAAGGGGAUGAUGUACCUGGAGGAGAGGAGGCUGGUCCACAGGGACCUGGCGGCCCGCAACGUGCUGGUGAAGUCCCCCAAUCACAUCAAGAUCACCGACUUCGGCCUGGCGCGGCUGCUGGACGCCGACGAGAAGGAGUACAACGCAGACGGGGGCAAGAUGCCCAUUAAGUGGAUGGCUCUGGAAUGCAUCCACUACAGGAAGUUCACUCAUCAGAGUGACGUCUGGAGUUAUGGAGUGACCAUCUGGGAGCUGAUGACAUUCGGAGGCAAGCCGUACGACGGCAUCCCCACGCGAGAAAUCCCAGACAUUCUGGAGAAAGGCGAGCGAUUGCCCCAGCCUCCCAUUUGCACCAUAGAUGUCUAUAUGGUCAUGGUCAAAUGCUGGAUGAUUGACGCAGACAGCAGGCCGAAGUUCAAGGAGCUGGCUGCUGAAUUCUGCAGAAUGGCCCGUGACCCCCAGCGGUACCUGGUCAUCCAGGGAGACGACCGCAUGAAGCUUCCCAGCCCCAAUGACAGCAAGUUCUUCCAGAGCCUUCUGGAUGAAGAAGACCUGGACGACUUGAUGGAUGCUGAGGAGUAUCUGGUGCCUCGAGGUUUCAACAUGGCUCCUCCGUCGUACACCACCAGGCCUCGCGUCGACUCCAACAGAAACCAGUUUGGCUAUCGAGACGGUGGUCCAACCCCUUCAGAGGGCUCUCUGGCGGGGGCCCAAGCCUGUGUGAAUCAAGAGGCCACAGGCGGGCCGGUUCCAGCCCUGGAGGAGCAACGCUGCAAUGGGAGCCUGCAUAAGAAGAGCCUGAGCCAGGCUGCGGCAGAGGACAGUGGGGGCCAGAGGUACAGCGCUGACCCCACCAUCUUCCUGGGGGAGAGAGUGUCCAGAGGGGACACUGACGAAGAUGGAUACAUGACACCCAUGAAGGACAAGAGCUCCUCAGAAUACCUGAAUCCCAUUGAGGAAAACCCGUUUGUCUCACGACGUAAAAACGGUGAGAUCCACGCCUUGGAUAACCCGGGCUACCACAGCACACCCAACAGCCAGCCCAAAGGAGAGGAUGAGUACAUCAACGAGCCCCUCUACCUCAACACCUUCCACAGCCCUGCUGAGCUGGGCCUGGAAGCCCUGAGGAGGAAUGGUCUACCCCUACCCACCCAGCCUCCUUCCUCCAUCUCAGCCACAACUUCAGGCUCCCACCUCCCACUUACCAUCCAGACCAGCCUGCCCCACUACCCCCUCCCUACGGCCCAGCCCUCUCCAUCUGGCCUGCCUUGCCACCAUGGCCCACCAACCCACAUCCUCCACGCCCACCAUACCAUCAAAACUGCAGGACAACCUGGCAAUCCAGGUGGCGGCACCGCCAGCCAGGGCCAAACAGGAACUACUGCCCAAGCCCAGGUGUGCCAGUCAGGAGCCCUGUCCACUUCGGCCACCAUCGGGCAUGGCAGCCUGCCAGCCUACCAGAGCCAUGCCACCAUGCACCCUGCCAGCUUGCUGAAGCACGGAGGACUGACAUCAGGUAAAGUCAGUGGGAAGAAGUUGAAGGUGACCUUUGACAAUCCAGAAUACUGGCAGCACAGCUUGCCUCCCAAAUCGUCUAACCAGGCGGUCCCUGAUGGCGCCCAGGGAGGCUCCACCAACGCCAAGCUCUUCUAUAAGCAGAACGGACACAUACGGCCGGCUGUAGCUGAAAACCCCGAAUAUAUGUCUGAGUUCUCCCUGAAAUCUGGCACCGUCUUGCCGCCUCCACCCUACCGGCAGCGGAACACUGUCGUCUAG